AUGUCCUCACACCAAAGUAAUGCGAUCAACCAGUCCGACGCGUGGGCCAUCCCACCGCGUGAGGCCAUAUUUCCAAUAGGCGGUCGAAUUCCAGGGAUAGGCGAACAUACCAUUCAGCAUAGCCAAGGCACUCACCGUGGUGUCAAUUGGGAGACGGCCCAGGAAGAGCGGAUGAAUUUACAGUACGAACAGUAUAUCUCAAUAUACGUCAAUCAAUGUCCCUUCUACCUCUUCGACACAGAAAGAAAGCGGAACAUCCCCCGAUGUCAGCUCAAAAAUGACAUCUCAGUCGCCCUCAAUAACUGGUUCAAGAUCCCUUUGCUCUGCGACGAAGUUAUGGUUAUUAUCGCAAGAUUAUACCUGCAAGUCAGGGGAUACGACCCGCUUCGCCCAUAUGUAUUUGCGGCAAUGGUGAACUACCCAACGAUCGAUAACCAGGAACGCUUCAUACUGUCUCUACAGCAACAGCUGCAAUCCUACCGGGACCCAUUCAUGCCUGUUGGACCCAUUCUCCAGGCGGUUCGUGAGCUCAUCGACGUGAAGCGCACCCGAGGGUCGCCGACACCCACCACCGGAGAUAUACAGGAGCAGAUCAGACUGUUCGGGCAGUACGCCGUCCUGUCGCAUCGCUGGGAUGGAGAGGAGCUGUCCUUCCACGAUGUAGCCAAUCUCUCGGACCCCAUGGUGCAGGCAAAGAAGGGAUUCAGAAAGUUAGCAGGGUUCACGAACAUUGUUCGAACCCACUUCGGAUGCCGCUAUCUUUGGGCGGAUAGCAUGUGCAUCGACGAAACGGGUCGGAAUGCCUCGAUUCCCCUCAUGUUCAGCUGGUACCGCCACGCAUACGUCUGCGUGAUUUACCUGUCAACUGCGCGCGGGGUGUCGGAGGAUCCAUGGUCCUCCAGGGGCUGGACUCUCCAAGAGUGGGAUAUGAACUGGUGGACGUAUCAACCCGGCGUUAAUCAAGCCAUCUGUUUAUUCUGCGCAAUGCGCAGGCGCAGAACGAAGAUCCCCGAAGAUAUGGUGUAUUGCCUCUUCGCCGCCCUCGAUAUCGAUAUUCCUAUUGAAUAUGACGAAGGCUUCGACAGAGCGCUGUACCGCCUGCAAGUUGCGAUUCUCACCAGAACUGAUGAUCGUCGUUUACUCUGGUGGCAGGACGGCACUCCUUCGCCAUAUAAUUCAUUCCUUGGUGGCGACUUCGCGUGUUGGGGGAAUCUAUACUGGUGUCCCCCGAUCGAGAACAUAUACGACAAGUACCCCACCUUCGACCCGACCAUUUCCUUCGAUUCCGAUGGCGUCAUGCGAAUCAUGGUCAGCCUCUAUCCAUGGCGCGGUGCCAACUACCCAUUCCGAUUCGCCCUGCUAGGACAAAACCCCUUCACUGAGGGCUAUUUUGGUGUUUUAUUACGAAGGCUUCGUGGUGGGAUGUACCGCCGAGUGGAAUACAUCAAGUGCGAAGUAUGGAAAAUGCCAUUGGUCAAAGAACCUGAGUGGAUUUACAUUAGGUAG